AUGGGGCCCCCGGGCAAUAGGGGAUCAUGGGGCCCCUGUGUCCUUGCCCAAACUCAAAAAAGCCUCACAAAACGCAUCAAAAAAUGUGGUAAAAACGCAGGUGCAAAAACUCAAAACGCAAAUGCAAACUGCAUAGGUGUGAACCUAGCCUUAAUGGGAGCAGUAAGAACAUCACACUGGAACAGGGGCGGACUGACAACUCAUGGGCCCCUGGGCAGUAGGGGAUCAUGGGGCCCCUGUGUCCUUGCCCACACUCAAAAAAGCCUAUAAAAAAGGUACCAGGGGCAUUUCAUGGGGCCCCUACUGACCCCGGGCCCUCGGGCAGUACCUGAGUGCUUAAAUGGUCAGUCCGCCCUUGCACUGGAAUACUCAAACAAGGAUAGAAACGGGAAUCUAACAUCACCUAGCCCUUUCCUCCCCAGC